AUGGCGCUGCCGCCGCGCGUGCUGCUCCUCCUGGCCGCCGCCGCCGCCCUGCCGGCGCUGGGGCUGCCAGCGGCCGCCUGGGAGCUGAGUGUACCUGGCGGGGCCCGCGCUUUCACCAUCGGGCCUGGCGGUACCUACACGGUGGGCGCCGCGCAAACCCCCUGGGAGCUGCUGGACUUGGGCCGCGAGGGGAGGCUGGCAGGACGGCGGCGCAUUUCGGGCGCCGGGCCCCGGGGCUGCAUGCACCUGGCAGGGCGCCUGCUGCCGCUGCAAGUCCUCUUGACGGCCCACGGUGCCCCGAUGGCGCUGAGCCUCCGCCAGCGGGCGCCCGCGCACCAUCCCGGCUGCCAAGCCCGUGCCCGGCGUGCGCGGGCUGUGCUCCCAGGGCCUGGGCUCUGCGGGGCGCUCUGCUUCCCCGUCCUUGGUGGCGGUGCGGCUGCGCAGCGUUCAGUGCUCGCAGCUCCGACCACCGUCCCCGCCUGCAGCCGCCCACCGCGUCCCUGGCCCAGCUGUCCCGGCCGCCCCAUAUGCCUGCGUCUGCUUUGCGCCCUGUGAUGCGCGGCUGGCGCCAUCCGGGUGGAGCUGGCACUGGAGGCCGCCGCCCUGGGGACGCCCUCCGCGUCGCCAUCGCUAUUGCUGCCGCCGAACUUGCCCCAAACCCGGGCAGGGCCUGUGCAACGGGCCCGGCGGGGCACGAGCAGCCGAGGGAGCCUGAAGUUCCCGAUGCCCAACUACCAGGUGGUUGAGAACGAGCCGGCGGGCACCUCUCUCCUUCAGCUUCGCGCGCUUUACAACAUCGAGGGCGAGGAGGAGCGCGCAAGUCUGCUCAGCGCCACGGCCACAGUGUACAUCGAGGUGGAGGACGAGAAUGAUAACUACCCCCAGUUCAGCGAGCAGAACUACGUGGUCCAGGUGCCCGAGGACGUGGGGCUCAACACGGCUGUGCUACGCGUGCAGGCCACGGACCGAGACCGGGGCCAGAACGCGGCUAUUCACUACAGCAUCCUCAGCGGGAACAUGGCCGGGCAGUUCUGCCUGCACUCGCUGAGAGGGAUCCUGGAUGUGAUCAACCCCCUGGAUUUCGAGGAUGUCCAGAAGUAAUUGCUGAGCUUCAAAGCCCAGGAUGGGGGCUGGCCCCCGCUCAUCAGUUCCUCUGGGGUGGUGUCUGUGCAGGUGCUGGAUGUCAGUGACAACGAGCCCAUCUUUGUGAGCAGCCCCUUCCAGGCCACGGUGCUGGAGAACGUGCCCCUGAGUUACUCCGUGGUACACAUUCAGGUAGUGGACGCCGACUCGGGGAACGCCUGGCUGCACUAUCGCCUGGUGGACACGGCCUCCGCCUCUGGGGGCGGCAGCGCUGGGCCUAAGAACCCUGUCCCAGUCCCAGACUUCCCCUUCCAGAUCCACAACAGCUCCGGCUGGAUCACUUUGUGUGCUGAGCUGGGCCGUGAGGAGGUGGAGCAUUACAGCUUCGGGAUGGAGGCCGUGGACCACAGCUCGCCCCCCAUGAGCUCCUCCACCAGCGUCUCCAUCACAGUGCUGGACGUGAACGACAAUGACCUGGUAUUCACGCAGCCCACCUACGAGCUGCGUCUGAACGAGGAUGCGGCCGUGGGGAGCAGCGUGCUGACCCUGCAGGCCCGCGACCGCGACGCCAACAGUGUGAUCACCUACCAGCUCACGGGCGGCAACACCUGGAACCGCUUUGUGCUCAGCAGCCAGAUGGGGGGCGGCCUCAUCACCCUGGCUUCACCUCUGGACUACAAGCAUGAGCAGCAGUACAUGCUGGCGGUGACAGCGUCCAAUGGCACACGGUCACACACCGCGUAUGUCCUCAUCAACAUCACUGACGCCAACACCCACUGGCCGGUCUUUCAGAGCUCCCAUUACACUGUGAGGGUCAGUGAGGACAGGCCCUUGGGCACCUCCAUUGCUACCCUCAGUGUCAACGAUGACACAGGAGAGAACGCCCACAUCACCUACGUGGUUCAGGACCCCAUGCCGCAGUUCUGCAUUGACUCCGACAGUGGCAUCAUGUACACCAUGAUGAAGCUGGAUUAUCAGCAGCAGGUCACCUACAUGCCAACCAUCAUGGCCCUGGACAACAGCAUCCUGCAGAAGUCGGACACCGCCACCCCGGAGAUCCUCAUCCUUGAUGCCAAUGACAACGCAAGCCAGUUCCUGUGGGAUUUCUACCAGGGUUCCAUCUUUGAGGAUGCUCCACCCUCAACCAGCAUCCUCCAGGUCUCUGCCAGGGACCAAAACUCGGGUCCCAAUGGGCGUUUGCUGUACACCUUCCAGGGUGGGGACGACAGUGAUGGGAACUUCUACAUCAAGCCCACGUCCGGUGGCAUCCACAUCCAGCACCGAGUGGACCAGGAGAAUGUGGCUGUGUACAACCUUUGGGCUGUGGCUGUGAAUCGCAGCAGCCCCACUGCCCUUAGCGCCUCGGUGGAAAUCCAGGUGACAAUCUUUGACAUUAAUGACAAUGCCCCCAUGUUUGAGAAGGACGAGCUGGAGCUGUUUGUAGAGGAAAACAACCCAGUCGGGUCGGUGGUGGCAAAGAUCAGUGUUCAGGACCCUGACGAAGGCCCCAGUGCCCAGAUCAUGUAUCAGAUUGUGGAGGGCGACAUGUGGCAUUUUUUCCAGCUGGACCUGCUGAACGGGGACCUGCGUGCCCUGGUGGAGCUGGACUUUGAGGUGUGGCAGGAGUAUGUGCUGGUGGUGCAGGCCAUGUCGGCCCUGCUGGUGAGCCGAGCCACGGUGCACAUUCUUCUUGUGGACCAGAAAGACAACCCUCCGGUACUGCCCGACUUCCAGAUCCUCUUCAACAACUAUGUCACCAACAAGUCAAACAGCUUCCCCACUGGCGUGAUCGGCCGCAUCCCGGCCCAUGACCCCAACGUAUCAGACAGCCUCAACUACACCUUCCUGCGUGGCAAUGAGCUACACCUGUUGCUACUGGACCCUACCACGGGCGAGCUGCAGCUCAGCCAGGACCUGGACAACAACUGGCUGCUAGAGGCGCUCAUGGAGGUGUCCAUGUCUGACGGCAUCCACAGCCUCACGGCCCUCUGCACCCUGCGUGUCACCAUCAUCACGGACGACAUGCUGACCAACAGCAUCACUGUCCACCUGGAAAACAUGUCCCAGGAGAAGUUCCUGUCCCCACUGCUAGCCCUGUUCAUGGAGGGGGUGGACGCAGUGCUGUCCACCAGCAAGGAGGAUGUCUUUGUCUUCAACGUCCAGAACGACACUGAUGUCAGCGCCAACAUCCUGAACGUGACCUUCUCGGCGCUGCUGCCUGGCGACCUCCAUGGCCAGUUCUGCCCAUCGGAGGACCUGCAGGAGCAGAUCUACCUGAACCGGACGCUGCUGACCACCAUCUCCACGCAGCGCGUGCUGCCCUUCGGCAACAACAUCUGCCUGCCAGAGCCCUGCGAGAACUACAUGAAGUGCAUCUCCGUGCUGCGCUUCCACAGCUCGGCGCCCUUCCUCAGCUCCACCACCGUGCUCUUCCGGCCCAUCCACCCCGUCAACGGCCUGUGCUGCCGGUGCCUGUCCGGCUUCACCGGGGACUACUGCGAGACAGAGAUCGACCUCUGCUACUCCAACCCGUACGGCGCCCACGGCCGCUGCGUCCGCGACGGCGGCUACACCUGCGAGUGCUUCGAGGACUUCACGGGAGAGCACUGUGAGGUGGACGCCCGCUCAGGCCGCUGUGCCAACGGGGUGUGCAAGAACGGGGGCACCUGUGUGAACCUGCUCAUUGACGGCUUCCACUGCAUGUGCCGCCCCAGUGAGUAUGAGAGACCCUACUUCGAGGUCACCACCUGGAGCUUCCCACCCUGGUCCUUUGUCACCUUCCGGGGCCUGAGACAGUGCUUCCACUUCACUGUCUCCCUCACGUUUGCCACCCAGGAAAGGAACGGCCUGCUGCUCUACAAUGGCUGCUUCAACAAGAAGCACAACUUCAUUGCCCUGGAGGUUGUGGACAAGCAGGUGCAGCUCACCUUCUCUGCAGGUAAGACAACGACAACAGUGGCUCCGAAGGUUCCUGGCGGUGUGAGUGACGGGCAGUGGCACUUGGUGCAGGUGCAGUACUACAACAAGCCCAACAUCAGCCGCCUGGGCCUGCCCCACGGGCCGUCCAGGGAGAAUAUGGCCGUGGUGACAGUGGAUGACUGUGACACAACCAUGGCUGUGCACUUUGGAAAUGACAUCAGGAACUACAGCUGUGCUGCCCAGGGCACUCAGACCAGCUUCAAGAAGUCCCCGGAUCUGACCGGCCCUCUGCUCGUGGGGGGCGUCCCCAACCUGCCAGAAGACUUCCUGGUGCACAACCGGCAGUUCAUGGGCUGCAUGCGGAACCUAUCAGUCGACGGCAAAAAUGUGGACAUGGCUGGAUUCAUCACCAACAAUGGCACCAGGGAAGGCUGUGCUGCCCCCAGGAACUUCUGUGAGGGGAGGUGCUGUCAGAACUGGGGCACCUGUGUCAACAGGUGGAACAUGUACCUGUGUGAGUGUCUGCUCCAAUUCGGCAGGAAGAACUGCGAGCAAGCCAUGCCCCAGCCCCAGCUCUUCAGUGGUGAGAGCGUCAUGUCCUGGAGUGACCUGAAUGUCAUCAUCUCCAUGCCCUGGUAACUGGGGCUCAUGUUCCGGACCCGGAAGAAGGACAGCGUUCUGAUGGAAGCCACCAGCGGCAGGUCCACCAGCUUUCAUCUCCAGGUGACUGGGGCCCCGUGCCACCAGGGCACCUGCUAGGUGGGAGCCCAAGGGAGGAACCCAGGUGCUGGACUUCCUGGUGCACACUCAGGCCCCUGCUACUCGCCCUUCCUCCUGCGUCCACCCCUCUUUGGGCUCUUGGAAGAGGAUGAGGGGGAGCA